AUGCCCAACAAAGCGAGGAGGCUGCUGGUUCUUCUGCUGAUCAUCCUGAAGGAAGCUGGACCGACCGCAGCCUGCAGCAGCAGCUGUUCAUCAGACUGUUCCUGCAGCAACAGAGGCCUCACCGGUGUUCCUCAGGACCUGCCUACAGACAUCACUUGGCUAAAGUUGGAAAGCAACGCCAUCACAACCUUAAGUCAGACUGACUUCUCAAGAUAUAAGAGAUUGAUAAUAUUACAUCUUCAUUCCAAUCAGAUCUCCAUGAUCCACAACAAAACAUUCCGCAACUUAACCAGCCUAACCUGGCUGGAGCUGGGGGAAAAUCAGUUAACUACUCUCCCAGCUGACAUAUUUGUGGGACUGGGUAAUCUGCAAACAUUAUCACUUUGGAGGAAUGAGAUUACUAGUCUUGCAGUUGACAUAUUUGUGGGACUUGGUAAUCUGCGAUACUUGUAUCUUCACUCAAACCAGUUAACUACUCUCCCAGCUGAUAUAUUUGUGGGACUGGGUAAUCUACAUUGGCUUUCCCUUGACAGGAAUGAUAUCCACAGUAUUCAGGCAGGCACCUUCCAUGACACAACACAGCUUAGAAUUCUAAAACUUGAAUACAACAACAUCAGAACCAUCCCAGCUCACACAUUUGGGAAUCAACUUCAGCUUGAAGAACUGAGACUUAAUCAUAAUAACAUCAGCACUUUCCCUUUAGAAGCUUUAUCAAAGUUGAAUAUUUCAUUGAUGUCAAAACUUAUAUUAAACAAUAACCAAAUGGAGACACUCCCAGCAAUGGCAUAUGACAUACUGGCCUCUGUUCCAGUUAGGGAAGCUUACCUACUAGAUGACCUUGGUCCAACUGUUAUUAUUGAGAACAACCCCUGGCAGUGUGACUGUAGGAUGGCUCCCUUUAGACAGAGGAUGAAUGGGUCUUACCCAUUUGAAGCCGAAAUCAGAUGUGCUGGACCUGGUAACCUUGCAGGGCAACUCUUACAGGAUGUAAAUCCUGAGGACCUGAUCUGUGAGGAGACGACACCAAUAUACUCCACUUCAAAGUAUGAUACCGUAGCUGACAUCAACCAACAAGAAAGUCCACACCAUGAAAACAUGCAGGGUCUUGACAGCUUUGGCUAUCUGGUUUUGCCCCCUCCCCUUCCCCCUGAAAAUCUAACUGGCCCUCAGGCUGAUGCCCAUAAUGAAUCAGGAGAUGAAGCUGAUCGCACAGUUGGUGGUCAUGACACAUGGGCAGAUGACACAGAGUAUGAUGAUGUCAUUAGUCGGGUAAAAUCUACAAAAGAAGACCCACAGUCCCACAAAUAUGAAAACAACCAGAUGAUUGAAGAUGCUGCAGCUAGUCCACGGGAUAUUGUGUAUGACAAUGAUGAUGAGUCAGUUGAUAACCAGUCCCAGAAAACAGCUGCUGGUGCUGAUAGUCCAAACCACUAUGAACCCCUGAGGAACCCCAGUGGUCAGCAUCAGCACACCUACACAUCCCUGCUGCCUCAUGAUUUACAACAUUAA